AUGAAGCGUUUUCAGACUUCUAAAUACCGAAAUGCUGCUCCUAAGAUUCCCAAGAAAGAGGUAAACGUUAAGGAUUUUGUGAUUUUCCCAUUUAAACAACAAUCUUCCCGUUGUGCAUCAGCUGGCCGAAGUUUCUUGUCUCAGCUGAUUUUGUUGUUAGGUUAGUCUUUUCCGGCUUGCUUUGUAAGGAAGAAACAGAUAACCCAGCGAUAACUUAAAUAAUAAAGUACGCUUAAUUAUUGUGUAAUAGUUUUAGAGUUGUCAAUGUUGAGAAGUCGAUGACCCCAUGUCAAGUAUAGCUAGACUUCUGAAUGUUGGUGUCAUUAACGUCUGCUCCCUUGGAACGAAUUUGAAAGUGAGAGGACAAAACGGUUAGAAUCACUGAUGGUCUACUCAACUGUAAACUUUAGAGGUCUGUUCUUGUAAGGGGUCUGUGGGUAUCCUUUCCCACAAUUAUAUUUUCAUGCCCCCCCCCCCCCACCCCACCACCACCCCCACAAAAGAAAGUGGAGGAGCACAGGCCCACCCGGCCGCCCUACUAGUCCUACGGCCAUGACCAUAAAAUGAAUGAAAGGUUGCUACAGUCUUUCUAGGAUCUGAAGCACUGUCAUGAAUUCUACUGUUUGUAAGUACUGUAUUUUUGGUUGAGAUCAUAACUUUCUUUGUUGAACUUGUAUUUCAAGUUUCAAAUGUCCUAAAUUUAUACCCUCUUUAAAUGGUGGGUGGAACAGGUAGUUUUAAAAGGUCUUUUUUUUUUUCACUAUUAACACCUUGAUUCCCUCCCAGAUCACAACUGAGAACAAGUGAAAAGCUCUUAUUAAAUAUAAUAGAAGGGUUUCUUGAGAACAUCAGCUUGACUGAGAGACUUAUUAAAAUGUCUUGUAAACAGAGAAAUAUUUUGGCAAAUUAAAUUUGCUAUCGAUCAUAAAAUUAUAAAUUUUAUAAUGAAGAAUGAUGAUUGAUAGCAUUUCUAUGGAGGUAAGGUGAUUGACUCCCACACAACAGCAGAAAUAUUUGAAACCAAGUUGUACCACUGCCAUGCAGCACAACAAGCCUUGUUCUGCUAAAUGACUUCAGAGCUGUCAUGUGGGGCAAGUUAGUGGGGCAUUUAUUAGAGAGGUGCAUCCAAUAUAAGAAGGAAAGUGAAGAGGGUGGCAUAUAUUAGACAAGAGGUGCUUAUUUGAGAGAGGGAUUACAAUAGGUGGAGAAAAUGCCCCCCAUAAGAAAAAAUAAAAACUUUUGACAUUUUAGCUUUGCUGAUCAUUUUCUUUUUCUUCUUACCUUAAUGUUCUAUUAAUCAUUAGAUCAUAUAUUUAAAUGCUAUUUUGUGCCUUAUAAAUAAUAAAUUAUUUUUAUAUAUUAUUAUUAAGUACUCAUUUUGCAUUUUGCACUUAUAUGCUGGUACUGAUACAAAAAUGAUUUUAUGGGUAUUGACAUUAUUUUAGGAAUGUGUUACUGGUAUCCAUGUCGGGGCCUUGAAGAGUUCUUAUGGGAAUCACAUCAAAGCAAGUGACAGUUUCAUGGUAUUUAAUGUGGAAACUGGAGGUAAGCUGCACGUGUGUAACAACAACAACAACAACAACAAUUUUAUUCUUGCAUGCACUAGCGGUUAAAUAGCUUGCCUCGCAAAUAGCUUGAAAGCUAGUUGUGGUGGGGCAAGACAAGUACGUGAAUAACAUAUCUACUAAAAACAAAAAACACUGCACUUUACAAAGCCUUGCACAGUUGAAAUGAAGAAUAAAACAAAGAAGUUCAGUGAUCUAAUUAACUACUCAGUACUUACUGACGUACUUUAUUAAUUAAUAUAACAAUGCACUAAGAUAAGGAGUCACUCUUAAAGAUGAAUAACACAGAAAAGGAAAGUUAAAAAUUUAGCAAGUAUAUCUAUCUACAAAGACCGACUUUUUAAAUGAUUGCAGGGAUCGGAAUAUAGUGAUCUUCUUUUUCUAAGAUAUCAAAUUGCAAUUUACGAAGAACUUUCUUGAAUGUUUUCUUAGGCAGAUCUGUUAUAUAGUGUGGUAUCUCAUUCCGCACCUUAACUCUGAGCCUGGAGAAAGAAUUGUUUUGUAUUUCUAGUCUGGCACUUUUGACGUAAAACUUUCCGGACGUGGUUGAUCAUGUAUUGUGUGAGUGAACAUGAGAUGUUUUCUGAAUAAAUUAAUAUUUUUGUUGGGGCUUUCUCAUUAUUGAUAUUGUGAAUUGAAAUAAUAUUGAUAGAGACUCAUGAUAAAGAAAAGUUAUUGGUAGCAGGUUAGCUUCAAGAAAUUAGUAAUGGAAUUGUAUGGUCAUGCCAGUCUGCAAAGUACAACAAACAAAGUGCUCUCUCUGCCUGACUCUAGGCAGUAAGACCAUAAGUUAAAUAGAUGUUCAGUAGUAUUGGUCGAGGUAGAAAGUGGCGUAGCUUUGCAACGAGCGCAACAUUUUAAAAUUAUGAUUUUUGUAACAAUAGAAUCAAUGUGCUUAUUAGUGAAGAGGCUGGUAGAGUGCUUGACACUACAGUACAACUGGCAAAAAUGACAAACAUUGCUGCUCUGCUUUAGAGCGGUUUUCAUUUGAGUGUCGAAAAGUAAUUGGUUUUGCACUUUCUACACGAUGCGAUUGGCUUAAAAGAUUCGCGCCACCUUUUCAUCCAAUCAGAAGUAAAACCAAAGCCAAUUGUGACUCGCGCUUUGCGUCAGCCACAUGUAAUUACUUCGAGUUUUGAUUGGUUUAAUGUAUUGUCUGUGUCCUAUGUGAUUGGCCAGAGUAAUUACUUUGGUUUUGGUUUUACGACACUCAAACGAAAACCACUCUAUUAUCCACGAACCAUUUUAGUGUAGGUCGAAAUGAAAUAAGUCCAGUUUGAAAUGGUUUCAACUUUGGUUGAUUCUCAAUUUCUUUUAGGGCUAAGAGACAGAAAAUUGAGUAUCAAAGUAGGGUGAAACCAUUUUAAUGUGAAUUUCAUUUUGACCUACAACAUAUACAUGGUGAAAUGAAACUAUUUUACAACAAGAUUCCUGAUUUUAUGGUACUUGCAUUUUUAGGUGUAAAUUUUCUUAUCUUUUUUGUCUAAAGGAGGAAGUCUUGGUGUUCUUCCACUUGGAGAAAAGGGCAGGAAGGAUCAUUCACUUCCAUUGCUUCAUGCACAUUCAGGUAUCUACCACUUUUCCUCUUUGCUUGUAAGUUACUUUCUGUUUUUUGUGUGUGACAAGAGGAGACAGAAAUUCUAAUCUCCAGGUUGCUGUCAAACAUGAUUGGCAUGUAUAUAGCCAGCAUAUGUUUAGACUUCCGCUAAAAAUGAAGGGAAUACAGUCAACUCCCUUGAUUGCAGGCACUGUUGGGACGUCAAGUUUGUGUCCCUAUUAGUGAGAGUCUGUAAUAGGGAAAGUUUAUUUUCGUCAUACGUUUGCAAUUUGUUUUUGCUGUAAAUUUAGCUGCUGUCCUCAUUAUCGGGGUGUCUGCAAGGCAAGAGUUGGCUGUACAUAGAAUGCAAUCUGAUCACACCAGUGGGACAUUCUAUCACUCACAAUCUUCAGUGCUGGAACAAGAGCGUUCUGACCUUCGAUCAGAAGCCUGAAACUUGUGGGCACUCCCUAACCUUUGAUUAUUACUAGUUACAUUGUUGUACUGUCAUUGUUUUUAUGUAGAUUUUAUUACUGACAUGGACUUCUCGCCCUUUGAUGGAUCACUCCUUUGUACUUGUUCUUAUGAUCGAGCAGUAAGUAUAAAUAUUUGAAUAAAAUAAUGACUGGGAGAGUGUUAAAAGAGACAUCAUCAUUAUGUUUAUUUUGUAACUGUGAAUGGUAUACCAAUCAAGAAGAUGUGUAGAGAAUGUGAAUGAGACCAGUCCGGGUGUAAAGAGAAUUUCACUUUUAAUCAGGACCAUCUGGCCAGACGAGUCUAUAUUGUUCCCAAUAAGCAUUUAUGACAGUGAUGGGUUGUUAGCAAAAAUUCCCAAGAAAAGCCUAAUAUUCCUUUUUAUAGUGACCCGUCCAGUAGCCUGCACCACAAACGCAGUUGAAGUCCUGUUAGUAAAGCCAUUGUUGAUUUGCCCAUCUGGCCCGGGUUGUUUGAAGCUGGGUUAAGAUAACCCAGGGUUAGUGCAAAAUUUGAACUCAGAUAUGGGAGCUUAAAAAGCAAAUUUAGUUUAAUUUUCUUUGCCUACAAUUUGAUGAUUGGAUACUCUAAAAAGAAUAGAGAAAAUUAUCUGAAAGAGUGCUUUUGAUAAAAAGAUAAAGCAUUGCGGGUUACAAUUUAACCCCUGGUUAGCACUAACCGGCCUUCAAACAACUGAGCUCAGGUUGAAAAGGAAUUCAACAAGCAUUUCCAGUAAUUUGUUUAAGCCAUUGAGGGCCCAGAGCAAGAACAUCAGCACAGCUUCGCAGAUGUUACUCAGCGGAGUUAAAUUACGUCAGCUGUGAUGGUCUGUCCAGCUGGCCAGUUCUGACUUUUGGCAAGUGCUUUUGAUACAGAUGUACAGUUCUGCCAUAACACUCCAAAGCAGGGCUUAAAGGUAAAACAUGGGUUACACAGACUCGGAGGCAACUCAAAAAUUUGUUUUUGAAUAGUACCCGCAUUUCUCAAAAGGGCCCUGUUAGGGGAAAUUCCAACAAUUAAUAUCAUGGCAUUAAAACAAGGACACAGGACAAUUGAAAUGUCAACAAAGACGUAAAGGUGAAUUCAAACUGCAGAAGUGACAAAGACGUGAAAAUACCAACAUGGGCAAGGCUUCCUGCUCUAUGCGAGAAGUAAUGUGUAAAAUUCAGACUAUAAAGGACAAACACCCCAUUUUGUCCCCCUAAAAUGGUGCAAGUUAGAUGAGUGUAUAAAUCUCUUUAGUGAUAUCUAAGUGGGUUUUCACUUUCCAGAUAAAAUUAUGGGAAAUCCCGGAUGAAGAAUUUAAGGGGUUGUCCAAACCUCUUUGUGAACUUCCCAUGCAACAUGUGAGUAUAGAAUUAAAUUGCUCAUUGUGAUAUUUUUACCUUUGCUUUGUUUGACAUGUAACUAAGAUGUUUCUUUUUUCACAUUUGUUGCUAAGGGUCGUGUUGAAAAUGUCCUCUUCCAUCCUUCAGCAAGUGAGGUGAGCUUAACCUAGUACAUGUAAAUAUGGGGUUUAUAACAGUUUUCCAUCCGGUUUGGUUAGGCCAUCCCUUUUUUUUCUUUGUUUACCGUCAAAUGGGUUUCCUGAUGUUGGGUUGGUCGGUCGGAUUGAAAAAAAAAAACCUAAAAAAAAUCACAAGAAGUUUCGGAAUAGUAGGCUCUGGUACCCCAGGACGACGUUAAAAGUUAACAUUCACAUAUUUGGAUUAACAAAAUGUACAAUAUACUGUGAAAAAUGUUCAUGUUUUUGUUCCUGUUUUUCUCUAUGCUGUUACUAUGUUCAUUUUUCAGGUUAAAAGAAUUAUUUUAAGUGAAAAAUGGUGUAACUAUGUCGUUACUUUUUUUUUUUGAAAACGCCAAAAAUUUGGGUCCGUCAGACGACAAUAAAAGGAGAAAAAGGAUGGCCUUAGUUAAGGAAAGUCAACAGCUAAUAAUUAAAUUUUGGCAUGUCUCUCUCACUCUUUUUUCAUCAUAAGUAUUGUCUUUUAAAACAGGUACUUGGUAGUUCAUGUGAUAAAACUCUUACAAUCUGGGAUUUACAGAAGCAACAGCCAAAAUAUGGUGAGUAUUAUUAUAAACUACAUAAAGUCAUUGCAUAACUUAUAUCAAUAUUAUUGUGAUAAUUGUUACCAUUUCAACAAACAUUUAUCGACUGAAAAAGGCAGUUUUGUGGAUAAAAUAUAAGUUUGAAAUAGUUAAAAGGGUUCGCACAAUCUUCAAAAGGCCUUGAAUUUCAGAGGAAGUCCUCAAAAUGUCCUUUAAUUCUAGUCAAUAUAAUCUUUAAGAAGUCCUUAAAUUUCUCCAAUCGUCCUUGGAUUUUCACCAGACUUGGAGAUAGCAAUAUGAAGUUGAGAUUUUAAGUACAAGUUUGGGUAUUCCUGUUUUUGAAAUUUGUUUAGUAUUAGUCUUGCCCAUUUCACUUGGAUUCCUGUCACACAGUGUAGUGUCUAGUGUUGUUGGCAGCCCUUUUUGCUGUGAAUUUUGCCUGGAAAGUGUGCCUUUAAUUUAAAACAAGGAAGAGCCUUUGAAAAACAAAAGUAGUUUCCAGAACGUCCUUGAAAAGCUCCUAGAAAUAGAUCUUAAGUUUGUAAGCAGACCGUGCUUAAAAUUUAGCAGUGAAUUUUUUGUACAAAGUAAAGUUUUCAUAUGGUUAAGAUGCUUUAACAUUAAAGCCUUGUUCAAUUUGUUGUACAUUACAGAAUUGAAAGACCACAAGGAUUUGAUUCAGAGUUUUUGUUGGAAAGUAGACGGUUCAUUAUUAGUUACAUCAAGUAAGGUACAUGACUUUCUUCUGUGUUGUAAGAAAUCUUUCCUGAAGCUUUAUGAUACAAGCAGUAGAAGUUAAAAAAGGUGUUAAUUGAACCAGUAACAGUUGACUAUACCAAGGCCUUUAUUUUUCUUGAAGUGGACAGGAAAAAAAUGUUGUAGCAGCAAGUAUUGUCUUAGAAUAAAAUUCAACCGUAAGCUGAUUUAUUUUUUCUUUUUUUCUUUUACGUUUGCCACAUAGAAUAAAUAUUACAGAAAGAAAAAGAAAAAUAUAUAUAUUACUAAGAUUGCAAAUUUACAGGGCAGGAAAAGCUCCAAAAAUACUUCAAAAUUAAAUGUAAUACUAAGUAACUUGACUUUUUUAAUUGAUAGAGUGGCGAGGAAGCCCAAUAGAAACUAAAUAGCUUGAAGAAAUUUGGUUCCUCAUACCUAAUUAUGAUUUAAUGUAAGCUGCCAUAUCAUGGUCAGGCGAGUUUAAUUUAUAGCUCUCUCGAUAAAUGAUGAUAAAUAUGUGAAUUUCAUGUAUCUGGGAACCAAGGAAUGAAAAAAUAAGAUGAAAUGAAGGUCAUUGCAGUUAAAGAAUGCAACUUAUGCAGUUACGGAAAGGAAGCCUGAAAAAUUUAGGCUUGCAGUCCUCUAAGUAGUUGAGCUAGCAAGCAAACUGGGAGCUGGUCAUUAAUUGGGUUUGUUAUGUCAUAUACUGUAUGUUCUUCCAUUUUAUUUCAGGACAAGAAAAUUCAUGUGGUAGAUCCUCGAAACGCUUCUAGUGUUGAGGUAAAUGCAUAGUUUAUCUUAAUAACUCUAUUUAAUAAAGAUUAUAAGUGUGGAAAUAAAUAUCUUAUUAUUUUGUGCAUAGUGCACAUGUAUGCUUCUACAUGUAUCUAUUUUAUUAUAAAGUUGAAAACAAAAAGAAUAUAGUUUUUACAGCUGAGUUUGUUAACUCCUUGAUCAAAACAUAUAACUUUUCUGGUUCAUUUUUCUUGUGAUAGAGGUUAAUACUUUGAUGUGGUUGCUUACAUUUCACUACAAUUGUCAGUGAAAAAUGAAUGAUUACACAUUGUAUUGUGCUGUAGGAAUGUGAUGGCUUUGGAGGAAGUAAGGAUACUAGACUGUUGUGGCUAGGAGAUACCGACCGAAUUCUUGGCUCUGGGUUUACUGCGGUAAGAAUAGUUGUACAAUUAGCCAAACCUCCCUUAUGUGGUUGAUUCCCUUUUGACUAGGUUUUGUUAUAAGUACUUUCAUGCACUACAGGAAUAAAGAAGAAAACUUCAAUUUGUUGGUAUUCUGUUGAAGCUCACCUUGCCACCUCUCUCAAAAGCAACCAGCCUAUAGUUAUGCCCCUUUCUGUGAAACCCUCUUUCAACUGGGACUUGAGCUCUUUAAUGAGAUGUCAAUGAUCUCUCCAUUUAGUGAUCACAACUACUUUGUGAAAAAAAAAGAUACAUUGACAAAUUUGUGAAAUCACAUGCUUAAUUAAGGACUUGAAAAUGGUCCUGUUCAGUAGUCCAGAAAGAAUUGAUUUUCUUGCUGAACGAGUAACUUUUGAGGCUCACUUGCCCAAUUGGCAAGGAUCAAGGCAACUCAUCCUCUAACAAAAUCAUCAACUAAGACAAGCAAGUAGCAUGUUACCCCAGGCUAGGAAAAUGGAAUUCAAUUUUUUUCAAGCCCUGCUUAAUACUUCUUGCCCAGCAUUUUAGCUCUUGUGUGUUAAUUCUAUACUUUGCAUGCUUCUUAUGUUCUUCAAGGUAGUGAUUAACAAUGCUUGUGUACCUUCCUUGGUCCUUUCAAAUGCAUCAUUGCUACAGCUUCACUACAAAAUGUUUGGUUAUAUAAGUCCCCAUACACAGUAAUGUAUUUUAUCAUGUAUUGUAUCAUGAUCAACAUUAUAUUAUGGGAAAAUGUAUAUUUGCAGCCCUGCCAAGUAUUUGGUGAAUCUGUGCUGUAGAUAUAAAUAAGUAGGUAAGUAAAUAAUAUAAAUAAUAAAAAUGUUAAAUGUUUUUACAGUCUAACAAGCGUGAAGUUAGAGUUUGGGAUGUACAUAAUAUGAGCAAACCAGUGCAGACACUGAACUUUGAUUCAUCAUCUGGAGGGUAGGUGCAGAAUUUAUAGAAUUGUUUUUUGAUUUAUAGUUGUAAGGCUUUAGAGUAUUGGUGGCUUAAACCCUGUGAUGACCAUAAAUGUUCCUCCACAUUUUCUUCUUCCAAUGGGUUGUAUAAUAUGGAUAUGUGUGAUAAAUUAAUCAAUGUAAAUCUUCAAUGGAGUUCAUUUGAUUCAUCCAUGUGGGAAGUAGCAAUACUCCAGUCCUAGAUGCAUCAUAUGGUUAAGGAAUACAGGCAAGGCUGGAGGGAGCCUGAGAAAACAGCUGACAUCUUGUGAUGCCACCACUGGUUUCCCUACAAAAUGGCAUCUAAGAAACUAGUGCAGAAAUUCCAUACUGAUGACUUGUCACUACGUAGAUCUAGGUAGUGAUGAGUCAUCUGUAUAGAAUUUCUGCACUUGUUUCUCAGACAUCAUUUCGCAAGAAAAUCAGUAUCAAUUGACGUCACAAACUGUUAGCUGUUUUCUCAGGCUAGGCUAAAGGCUUCGAGAUAAAAGUACUGCAUAAAUUAAGUAAAAAAAUAAUUUUUUAAAUAAUUAUUAGACAGUUUCAUGCUGUACAUAACAAUGACAUUGUCAAGGUGUUGGAGGUUAAAAGUAAUAUCAUAAUGUCUUAAGAAAUCUAGAACUCUCACAAAUAGAAAUGAAAUGCAUAGCUUGUUAGGUGAUUCCUGUAUUAAGAAAGAUUUUGAUGCUCUUUUAAAGUAAAGCAAUAUUAAAUUAUUAUUGAAUUAAAGCAUUCGAUUUAUAAUGCUUCACAUUCAAUUUUUGUUUUCUUACUCAAAUAAAUGCUGGAAUAUAACUAUUUAAUACAGGUGUCAGCUGGUGACCAGAGAAAAAAUUUUGGUCACCAAGUCAAACUUUUUGGUUGUGAGUUUUUGGCUUCAAGGUAUCCUAUGGUAGCCAUAUCAGAGGAGAAUGCUAGUUCACUGACAGCGCCCUUUUUUGUCAUUUUCUAGGGAACUCGUAAAAUCCGUGAACAAUAUUAUAGUAACAGUUACCCUUGACUUUAUUCAGAAAUCUUUCGACUUCAGCAUCAGUUUGUUCAUAUUGAUGUUAAUCUUGUCGUCUUAUGUUUCUUUUUUUUAUUAAUUCAGUGUCUGUUUUAUGUUUAUGAGAUGUCUUACCAGUUGGUAACCAGUUCUUAAGAUGUAGUCACCAGCACUCCAGUUUUAGUUGAAUUGGUGACCAGUGAGUCAAAAUUUCGAGCCUUGAAAUGCAUUUCCAUAGGAAAAUAAUUUUGUGUGUUGUAUUAGGUAAUUAAUAUAACAUAUCCAUUUUUAAAUGCAGCAUACUGAUGCCAUUUUAUGAUCCAGACACCAAAAUGCUGUUUUUGGCAGGAAAGGUAUAAAACAAUUAAGUUAAUUGCUUAAUUAGUUUCCCAUUGCUUGUGAUCCUAUUUUUAUUCAUAGUCCAGUUGACAAAAAUUAUUUUAGUCACUAACUCAAACAAUGUUUAAUUGGUACCCGAUUAUAAAUUAUACUGUUAAGGUGGCUGGACACAGUUUGAUAGGCUGUGGAUCAUAACCAAUCAUUAUGGUGUCACUUAAGACUUGUUGCAGGUAUAAAUCUCAAAUUUGGCAUGAACAAAAUGUAUUCACAAGACAUGACAUUUAUUAGGUUAAAAGUAAGAUUUUGAUUGUUGCCAUGGCAACAUGGAUGAUUGGAAACAAGCCUAAAAUUUUGAAUAUAAUUUUGUUAAAUGAAAUUUAACUAAGUUAACCACCACAAGCUUAGCAGUCAAGCGGUGCAUGAGCUUAGAUGUCAAACAGUCCACAAGCGUAGUAGUUAAGCGGUCCACGAGCCUAGCAGUCAAGCGGUCCAUGGACUUAGCAAGCAUCCAGCAGUUAAUCCCAUAAGUGCAGGCUCACAUGAUAUGUGGUAGCUUUGUUCGCAGCUAGUAUCUUCAAGUUCUUUAUUGAGCAUUUUUGGAGCGGUCUGUGGAGUGGUUGUUUGAAUGUCUUCGCCCUUGCCAUCCCCUAUGUUUUUUCCUUCCACAGUUUCAUCAGAAUAUAUGGGGGCUCGUGGCUGGGUAGCAGGGAUUUACCAGCCAUAAGGGCAGUAUUCUGUCUAUUCUAUCUCAGGCUGGCCAGAGUGGAAGCACACAUGGGUAUCACAGGCACACACCUUCCACCUAAGAGAGUCAUUUGGUUAAUGAGUUUUAUGCCAAAAUCAGUCAUCAGAUUCCUUUUUGAAUUUGUACACAACUUACGUUAUUAGCAUUUACGCAUUAUUUUUAUCAGUUUAGUUAUGGAGCUUUUUAAUUUCUGUUUGUUAUGCAACAGGGUGAUUCUUUUAUUCAGUACUUAGAAGUCUCUGAAACUGCUACAUCUUUCAUCACUCCAGGUAAUCAUUUUUAUCAUCUUAUACCUACCAUCAGUGUUGUAAAAACCAAAGUCAUGUGCAGUUAUUCAUGUUUGUUCUAUUCUUUUGAUGGCUGUUAGCCUGCAAAAACAGCUAUCUAUCCUCGCUGCUCGCUGCUAGGGAGGUUUCGUCACGAAAGAUGUGUGCACCUCAUGAUGACAUAAAAUCUGUCUAGAAUCUGCUCAGGAGCUCUGAUUGGUCAUUGUAGUAUUUAUAUGACAAACAGAGGACAAAUGUAAAUGCGAUGAAUCUAUAACAAAGACAGUCAAUAUUCAUGGAAUAUUAUUCUUCAGAAGGAGAAGCAUUUGAGUUUUGCGGGAGCUCGCUGGCAGAAGAACAAAACUUUACUAAUAUCUACCAGGAGAAACUUACAAUCAAACAAAUAUCCAAAGUUGCCUUGCCCUUGGACAAGCGCAAUACUAAUGCAGCUGCUUUGUUAAUCUCAUUUAGUCAACUCACAGAUUUUAGAAGAACAGCACAAAGGAAUGGCUACUGUUCCUAAACUUGCCUUGGAUGUCAUGUCCUGUGAAGUAGUGCGGCUUCUUCAGCUCACCAAAUCAUCUGUUGUUCCACUGAGUUACUGUGUGCCUCGUAGGGUAAGGAAUGAAUAAAUCUACUCUAAAAAGUUAAGAUGGUCACUCUUCCUUUCUGUAGACUCUCUACCACUCAGGAGGUGGGGUACUUCCUUUAAUGGUCUAUUGAAAGGGGUACCUUUUCCAGGCUUCAGGUAUAUAUAAGAAAAGGGAUUUCACAGGUUGAAGGAUAUGAAAGGUAGGGAAAUCUGUCUUUUUGUUCUCUGAAAAGCCCAAAAGGGCUAACAAUGCACUUAAUGGCUGUGAAAAAGUCGAAGAAAUGUUCUGAAUUUGUCAUUGAUUCAUAUUUAAAAGACAGUGCAUUUAUAUCAGUUAAAAGAGAUGCAUUGUUCUCAACUAGGUAUGUGAAAGGGUACCAUUUUUCAAUAGUAGGUAUACGAAAGGAGUACCUUUUCUGUGAAAAAUGUUAUAUAAAAGGGUAAGGGGUUGGACCUUUGGGCGGAGCCUUGCCAUAUUAAACUUAGUUGAGUACCCCCUAGGCUACAAAAUAAAUUCCAAUAUAAAUAUAGUUAAUCCUUGCUGAAUGGAAAAAUGGUUUGUGAUGCAUGGCACUUGCAGUAAGAUAGCUUAUAGAAUGAUAUAAUCUUAACGAAAAUUCAAAGACAUUUAAAAUGUCUUUAAAGAACUAGAUAUUUUGGGUGUUUAACCAUUCUUCAGUGUACAGAAAACCUUUGAACUAUCCAAUUGUUAUAAAACGUUAAAUUAAACGGCCUGUAAAUAGCGAGUUUAAGCAACAGGAUAGUAGAAAGAUAGUACUUGUCUAAUGAACACGAAUAGACAUCCUCUUGAUUGACAUUCAUCUGUUAGGCAGAAUUAUGAAGUACAUUUUUCUCUUAAUUCCAGCAACUAAGAGUCUGUGCACACAUCGAUUGUUGAUUUUGUUUUGCGCUUUGGAGAAGAAUGGAGUCAAAAAAAUUUACCAUAUACAAAGUGAGAUGUUGAGACCGCCCCCCUCCCCCACCCCGGUUAAAAGAUGGCUUUGUUAACAGUUACUCAUUUAGUUUCAUUUGAUAGUCUUACAGGGACUUUCAUGGAGACUUGUUUCCCGACACAGUGGCACGAGAAGCUUCCAUGACAGCUGAGGAGUGGUUUGGCGGAUCUGACACCCCUGUAAGUCAUGUUACCUAAAUAUAACAGUGUAAGUUAUAGCACUACAAUGUUAGGUGUGGAGAGUAGGUGGAUGUAACUUAUAGUUAGAGGGUGCGCAGAGAAGGGGGUAGAAGGGAUUUCUUUUGGUUCUAUUUUUCUUCUAUUUUCCUAUAAAAGUAGCUAGGGGAAAUCUCCAGCCCCCGCCUCUUAAUGAGAGCUCUGUUAAAUACCGGGGGUACUUUUACAGUCAAACUGGGAAAACCUUGAACACUUGAAAUAUUUCAUGAAUGUUUAUUGUGUUAAGACCAAUCACAGCAGAGAUUAGGACAUGCAAGCAAGCCACAAAACCACAAACUAAUUAACGUUCUUGAUUGCAGUUUAGUUUUCUCAUGCCUGAUUAGCUUUUUUCUUGCAACACAAUAACAUUCCAGAAAUAUUUCUGGUGUUCACCGUUUUCCCGGUUUGACUGAAACAAGAAAUUGACUACUUGAUCACUUAGACGUGUUGUUUUUUACAAAUUCAGAUGAAAAAAGUGUCUCUGGAUCCAUCUAAGCAACAGGCAAAGCAAAAACCAUCAGGGACAAAACCAAAAAAACCAGAUCUGAAGGCAAAACCUGCGAUAGAAUCAACGAAACCAGCUGUGUCUGCUGAAAAGGUAAAUGUUGUAUGUCAGAAGGGGGUGUCCUUGAUCACCUGCAAACAACCUUCUUCCUGGGUUAUGAAAUGACAGAAUGGAAAAAAAAAUGGUAACCAAAAACCCAGCCAAAUAAUGAGGCCUUCCAAGGAGUGGAAGUGACAGGUGAGCUGGCCCUGAAAACUGGUGUCAAUCGUCUCAGAAAGCACCUAUAAUCGACAGACAAUGAGGAAAGAAUUCCAGAUAAAUUUCAAAUUUCAGUAUCACAAAAUUUUAUGUGGAACCCACCGCAACAUUUUCUCCCUUGCUAAAAUGCAACAGUGACAUUUUUCGUAACAUACAAGGUGACAGACCGUCUCAGAAAUGGCUGAUAAAGCCACAGCUUACCCCCCCCCCCUCCCCACCCCUGGAAGGCAUUGAUAAUAAUAAAAAGUAAACUUGAGAAGGGCCUUAUACAAAAGUACAUUUUAUGUAUUGUGCAGUUUGCUAAUAACUUGCCUACAUUCAUUUAGUCAGCAGUUGAACGUAAAGAAGAAGCUCCCACAGCACAGGCUACCCAUGCAGUCAGUGAUCCUGUGCAAGAAUCUCCAGCAAAACCAAUAAAAGCUUUCACAGGUGUACGUACAUCAAAGUUUAGACAUCUCCAGGGCACACCCAUGCACAAAAGCAACAACAUUGAGAAUGUACGUAACUUGAGCAUUUCUCUGCCUGGAGACAGUGAUGCGUUUCAAGUCAAUCAAGAGUUUGUGACAUUUCCUUUAUCAGGACCUGGAGGACAGAUAGCAGUGGUGCCAGUAAGUGUUUAUUCAUCAUGAUCAGAGUGCAAAACCCAGGAGGGGUACUCCAUAUUUAAAGUGUCAGGGAUGAUCAGAGGAUUUUUGGGGGUUCGAAUUUUCGAUUCCGUGAUUUUUUUGGAAAGGAAAAUUUGGCAAGUACUUUUUUGGGAGUGGCUUAAUUAAGUAGUGAAUUUGGGGGGUAUUCAAAACAAUGUGAAGUUUCGUGAUAGUGCCAGUGUAUCCUGGCCAUGUGGGAAUAAAGUAAAACCAAAGUUGUUUUGCGGCUGUUUUAAUAUUUAAUGCAUUCUGGUACUAAGGACUUCUUUGGGGUAAGUUUUUGGUCUAGGUAUUUUCGGGGGGUUUGUUGGAAGCCUGGGGAUUUUUCUGAGUUUUGAUUUUUGCCCCCAUUCAAUCAUCCUGUCACUUGAAUCUGGAGUACCCCACUGGAGUGCAAAGAAAGUCAGUUUUACAACUUGCCAUUUCUUUGCAUCCUACGGGACACGUGCCAUGAAUUAUUUUGUGUCUUUGUGGAUUUUCAUGCAUCAGGGAUGCAGGACGCAUAGGUAACAAAGUCACUGACACAGUUUAAAAUUUUACAUCCCCUUUUCUGAUUGUUAGUUCCCUUGCCUUCCUUUUCAAGCUUAACAAACCUUGUCGCCUGCCUGACUCAGGAUUACCAGCCAUUCAGUGUGGAAGUAGUGUUCUUGAUUUUGCCAUGGAUCCAUUUAAUAGGCAGCAACUUGCAGCAGGUGAGUAUAGGUUAGAAGAUUUGGGACACUUUGGUUGUUUACUAUUUACAUGGGCAAAUCAGUUGCUUCACGGUUUUGGCUAAUGGUAAGCAAAAUUCAGGACUGGUAAAUUUCAUUCCGGAAUAUUAUUGUGUUUACCAUUUGUUCCAUCUACUUGAAAAAUGGCUGCGAAGGCCUAAAACUGGUAUCAAAGAUGGUUUCAAAGAAUUGGAACACAAAAUUCCAUAAGGAACAUUCCGACUGAGAAAAUAGGACUACCUUUUAACAUGUACCAUUUCUUCCAGAAAUUUUCCACUGGGGCCACCCACUAUGAUUGCUGCGAUCAUUGAAGAAAAAAAAGUUCAGCUAUCAUAAUGAUCAUAUGGAAACCACUCUACAGGGAUUGCAGUGAUUUUUGAGAUAGAAAUGUUUCUCAUUUCAGUGAUCAUUGUCACUGUGAUUACUACGAUUGCUGAAGAGUGGUUCCAAAAUUAUGAUCGCUACGAUUGGUGACCUUUUUUUUCAGCGAUCGUAGCAAUCAUAAUAAUGGAAACCUGGCUUUAAACAGACUCAUGUUCGUGAUUUUUGUCCUGAUUGUUUGGUAUCCCAUUCAAGAAGAGAAAGGACAAUAUUCAUAAACGAGGGUCCAUGUUGUCUGUAAAACAUCACAUCAGGAGAUUUUACAUUUGAUUAUAGUUGUGUAGAGAAGUUGGCAAAGAAUUGUAUUCAUUAAAGAUACAUACAAAAGAAAAUUGUACUUAAUUUUUAUCAUCUCACUUUUUUUUCCAGCUUGUGAAAGUGGUUUUGUUAGUAUUUGGGAGAUUCCUGAUGGAGGCCUGACUGAGACUUUAACCUCCCCUUUAGUGGUGUUGAAAGGUUAGUCAAAAAGUCUUACUUCUGCAAGUUACUGCAUUUUGUUGCUUCAGUUCAUCAGCAGAUGACAACAACCUUUGAGAUGAUAACAACCUCCGAGAUUUGCACAAUUUUUCAGAUCAAAUGAAAGCUGAAUCAAAUAAAAAUAUUAUUAUUGUUUUAUUAUUCGUUUCAAAUAAUUCUUAGUGUAAAAAAGUAGCCAAAACAUGCCCACCUCGACUGAUGUCAAGUUUCCAUCUUCAUCAACCUGUUCCUUGCCAAAUUCAGGAUAAAAAGAGAUCUUAAGUCUAACAUGAGUUGUUAUGCAUCUCCAUUUGACAAUUCUUUCCUUUCCAGGACAUAAUGACAAACCAAACCUGGUCAAGUACCAUCCAGUGGCUAGUGGAGUACUGGCAUCUUCAUCUUUGGAUUUGACAGUCAAAAUAUGGGAUAUCAACAAAGCAAAAGCUCUGAUUACUCUCACAGGCCACAGUGAGCAGGUAAGAAGGUCAAAAGUCAGAUCUAAUGUACCCCAAGAAAACAGCCAACAUUUUGCGAUGCCACUACUGGUUUCCAUGCAAAAUGACGUCUGAGAAACAAGCACAGAAAUUCCAUACUGUUGAUGUGUCACUACCCUGAUCUGGGUAGUGCUUCUAAUUGGUCAUGCCUCAUGGGAAAUUUGCUUCCGUUAAUCAGAAGUACUACCCAGAUCUGGGUAGUGAUGUGUCAUCAGUAUAGAAUUUUUGCACUCAUUUCUCAGACGUCGUUUCUCUGUGAAAUCAGUGGUGUUUUUUCUUUGAAACCUUCAGAGCAGAGGUACGGGUUCGAUAGAGGAUAACCAGAAGUGAAGCCUUGUCCCUUCACACUAUACCACAAUCGCUGUAUUUGAAAGUGUCUCUACUCUUGCAGAGACAAAUUGCCCGAAAAUUGGGCAAAACCAAUGCCCAAGAAUGCAAACAACGCACCUCUGGUUGCUGUUCAUCACUCAAAAAUGCCCUUUGCUGUUGUUUUUAGGUUGAAAUAUGGAGAAACGAAAUAAGUGCCCUGGCCCCUGCAAAUCACUACCCUCUUUCGACUUUGAAAAGUGCCCUGGGUGUAUAGUUUAAGCAUUUACAUCAUUGUUAGUUAUUGAUAAAUAAGUCAACUUAAAGCUUUGAGAAUUCAUCUGUUUUGCUUGGCUUUAGGUGUUAAGCAUGGCCUGGAAAACUGAUGGAACUCGACUGGCUACUGUCUCAAAAGACAGCAAAGUUAGAGUAUAUGAUCCAAGAUCACAAGUUUCUCCUAUACAGGUAUCAAAUUAGAAUUUGAUGUAUUUUUCUUCUUCUUUUCUUUCAAAGCAUUGGGCUGAAAUACUUGCUUUUAUGUGUCAAGCAAUUCUUUAUUUGAAUGGCAAUUUACCCCCUCAAUGUCCUUCUCUGCCCCCUGUAGAAUUCCCACAGAUCCCUGCCAGUGAUAGGUUAUUUUCCCAUGUAUGUCUUCCAACCCUGCCGCAAAUUUCCCUUUUCCUGUCCUUUUUCUGUAAAGGAAACCUCCUGCAGGGUUCUCAAUAGAUUUUUAAAUAGGAGGUGAUCACUGAUAAAGUAGGAGGCUCUUCAGCAAAGCCAGCGGUGUCAAAACAAAGCAAAGAAAAGUGACUUAAACACAAAGUAAGCGGCUAUAAAUCCCAAAGUAAGCGGCGAUCAAUCGCCGGGUGCCGCCUUCUAUUGAGAACCCUGCUCCUGUGAAACUUUGACAAAGUAACACACAGGAAAAGAUAAAUAACUCAGUUUAGAUGACUUGAUAUUUGUUGUUGCACCUCCAUUAAUUGCAGGCAACCCUUGAGGUACGGGCAAGUGCCUGCUUAAUGGAAGUUGCCUGUUCAACAGAGGUUCAUCAUAAAUCAACAUAAUCUUUAGCAGUAACAUCACUUUAUUUUGAAACGAAUGCAGGACGGAAAAAGCAUUACUGGUCCACCACAUUAUUGGUCGUCACCUUCUUUCUCAGACAGUAUUUUCCUUCAUCAUAUUCUUAAAAUGAAGCCAAACUAUGUGUAUCAAACGCUUGAUAGACGUGACAACAAGGGAGAACUCUCAUUGGAACGGCCAAAAGGUGGCCUUCACUGCUUAAUAGAAGUUUGAUUUUCCCUUCUUUUCUACAAUUAUUUUGGAACCUUGAUUACUGGCUGCUUAAUAGAGGGUGGCUGGCCGAUUGAGGUGCAUGGCCUUUGCCACUUAAUAGAAGUUUAAUUUUCCCUUCUUUUCUACAAUUAUUAUUUUCGGACCUUGAUUACUGGCUGCUUAAUAGAGGGUGGCUGGCCACUUGAUAGGGGGCCCUUAAUGGAGGUUUGACUGUAUGAAGUAAACUAAAGGCUAAUUUAUCUCGACCAUGAACCAUCAUUCAUCAAUCUUUUACAAAGUUUCACCUGCUUUAAAUUGUCUCAGACAGGCCCUGGUCCCGCUGGUAGCCGUGGAGCGCGUGUCGUCUGGGGGGGUCCUGAAGGGAACUGGUUGAUUGUCUCUGGGUUUGGCAGGUAACUUGUAGUGCUUAUGCUCUUUUAUGUUAGGACCAUAUAUCCACAUAAGACUGUCUAGGGGGAGCAAGGGGAGGCGAUGGGGAGGGGAGAAGCUAGAGGGGGGAGUAAGGGGAGCAAGGGUGGCGCAGUGGUGAGAGCACUCGCCUCCCACCAAUGUAGCCCGGGUUCAAAUCCCAGCAUUGACGCCAUAUGUGGGUUGAGUUUGUUGUUGGUUCUCUCCUUUGCUCUGAGAGGUUUUUCUCCAGGUACUCCGGUUUUCCCCUCUCCUCAAAAACCAACAUUUCCAAACUCCAGUUCGACCAGGAAUCAGGUAGACGAAGAACCACUAUGUGGAUGUGCUACCUGCAAAUCGUUAUUUAUUUAUUUAUUAUCUAGGUUUGUACACUGAUAUUAUAGGCCUCUGCGUUUACGUCUGUAAUAAAAUAGUAUUACAAUAUGCAUUUACAAACAUCCUUGUUUGGAAAUCAUCAAUGCCCAAUUUUAUGACUAUUUAUAAACCCCAAGAGGAAAUUGGGGUCAACCUGUAAGUUUCACCUUUUUGCCAGCAUCAAAUUGCUAUAAUCCAAUAAAUUGUUAAAAAACCUGUGUUUGUUUGGCCAGAAAAAAAAUCCUUCUUUUUAUUAUUUUAGUAGUUUUUUUUUUUUUUUGCCAUCAUUUGCCUGCUGUGGCAAGAAGGAUUUUCACUUUCAGAGCAAGGCAUUUUGCAUAUCAGCUACCUGGCAAUUGCAACAAGAUUAACUCUAGUUUAACCUUACAUUAACUUCAGUGACCUUUAGUGAACUUUAAGCAAGAAUAAUGGGAAGAAAGAAAAAUUUCCCUUUAACUUGCGGUGGACAAGACAUGACAUUAUGCAACAGGAAUAGUAUUUUUACCAGGUAAUUAACAGACCACAUUUCAGGAAAAAACUGGUUUUUUUGUUUGCUAGGAUGAGUAACCGUAUCAUCAGUGUAUACGAUAGUCAUAACUUAUCUGAAGCCUUAUCAACUUUGGAGUCCACAGUUUCUCCCUCUACAUUAAUUCCAUUUUACGAUGAAGAUUCUGCUGUCUUGUUUUUCUUUUCAAAGGUAUGAAAAUACUUUAAAUACAAGGAAAUAUUCAGAGAUUUUUAGCAUACACCAUGCUUUUUAAUACCGAGGAAUUUGUAUAAAUGUAUAAUGUAAGCUGUGACAUGACAAAAAAGUAAUACUUUAAACCCAGACGAGGGGACAACUGUAUGUGUUGGCACAUCUUCACUGUUUUUUAUGUUAUUAUUUUUUUGUUAAGUUUUCCCACAAUGUUGUAAUAUAUUUGGCUGAAAGAUUCAAAGCCUAGGAUAGAUACAAGGACUAGCUAGGUGCUUUUAUCAUGACUUUGUGCUUAAAAGUGGAACCCUCUAAAUGAUAGGAGCUAAUAAAAAAAUAAAUAGAAAAUUGCAAUAAAGUACCAAAAUUUCUUUUCUUGGUAUUUCAACCUAAUUGAAAUUUUAUAUUUCAAUUCUAAAACAGCCAUAUUAACCUUAAGUGUUCAACCCACUAAUUUUACACUAUAGAAGGUUGAGGUGCAAUAAGCACUUUUUGUCAUUUUAAUACUGGAGCCCCUGGGUUUUUCUCAUAUAAACAGUUUUCAAAAAAUGUACUUCUUCAUAAUUAUUUUCAGAGAUUAAUGAUUUUGAUUGUGAUUUUUUUAGGGUGAAACGACUAUUUUUGCUUACGAAAUAAGUGAAGAAGCACCUCAUAUCUUUGAACUGUCGCACUACAGGACAAAGGAACCUUACCAGGUAACAUAACAUAAUAGUGACGUAAUGGUGUAUCUUGUUAGUCAUAAAUAUACUGACAUAUGACAUACGUCUUUAUAACUUGGAUCUCUAAGACUCUGUUUUUAAACUAAAGGUUUUUUUUUUUUUUUUGCCAUCAUUUGCCUGGUGUGGCAAGAAGGAUUUUCACUUUCAGAGCAAGGCAUUUUGCAUUUCAGCUACCUGGAAGGCAAUUGCAACAAGAUUAACUCUAGUUUAACCUUACAUUAACUUCAGUGACCUUUAGUGAGCUUUAAGCAAGAAUAAUGGGAAGAAAGAAAAAUUUCCCUCUAACUUGCGGUGGACAAGAUAUGACAUUAUGUGGCAGGAAUAGUAUUUUUACCUGGUACAUAACAGACCACAUUUCAGGAAAAAACUGGGUUUUUUUGUUUGCUAGGAUGAGUAACCGUAUCAUCAGUGUAUACGAUAGUCGUAACUUAUCUGAAGCCUUGUCAACUUUGGAGUCCACUGUUUCUCCCUCUACAUUAAUUCCAUUUUACGAUGAAGAUUCUGCUGUCUUGUUUUUCUUUUCAAAGGUAUGAAAAUACUUUAAAUGCAAGGAAAUAUUCAGAGAUUGUUAACAUACACCAUGCAUUUUAAUACUGAGGAAUUUGUAUAAAUGUAUAAUGUAAGCUGUGACAUGACAAAAAAUUAAUACUUUAAACCCAGACAAGGGGACAACUGUAUGUGUUGGCACAUCUUCACUGUUUUUUAUGUUAUCAUUUUUUGUUAAGUUUUCCCACAAUGUUGUAAUAUAUUUGGCUGAAAGAUUCAAAGCCUAGGAUAGAUACAAGAACUAGCUAGGUGCUUUUAUCAUGACUUUGUGCUUAAAAGUGGAACCUUCUAAAUGAUAGGAGCUAAUAAAAAAAUAAAUAGAAAAUAGCAAUGAAGUACCAAAAUUUCUUUUUUUGGCAUGUCAACCUAACUGAAAUUUUAUAUUUCAAUUCUAAAACAGCCAAAUUAACCUUAAGUGAUCAACCCACUAAUUUUACACUAUAGAAGGUUGAGGUGCGAUAAGCAUUUUUUGUCAUUUUAAAACUGGAGCCCCUGGGUUUUUCUCAUAUCAACAGUUUUCAAAAAAUGUACUUCUUCAUAAUUAUUUUCAGAGAUUAAUGAUUUUGAUUGUGAUUUUUUUAGGGUGAAACAACUAUUUUUGCUUACGAAAUAAGUGAAGAAGCACCUCAUAUCUUUGAAUUGUCGCACUACAGGACAAAGGAACCUUACCAGGUAACAUAUCAUAACAGUGACGUAAUGGUGUAUCUUGUUAGUCAUAAAUAUACUGACAUAUGACAUACGUCUUUAUAACUUGGAUCUCUAAGACUCUGUUUUUAAACUAAAGGAAAAGGAUCAGCCAUGAGACAGUUGAUACUAACCAUACUUUUCUUCCCCCACCCCACCAUGGACAGGAUGCUAGUCCUAUAGUGGGGUUAACCCUAGUAAUAAUAUUAUUGGUUGCUGGUAUCUAUUGUUACAUGUGGGUGCUGGAAGAAAGUAAAGUUUUUUUUUGUCCAUGGAAACAAUGUAAAGGCGUACCUAAGGCUUCAAAGCUGGACCUUUUGGUCAGCAGCUAUGACAUACCAGAAUUAGCUAACUAUAUCUUGUUAGUCAUUAUUUUAAGUAGUGACAUACAAGCAAAUAGUGUCAGUGGGGUGAAAUAUAUGGUUAAUUAUGUCAAUGCUCAAUUCUUUGCAGGCAGUGGGCUUUCUACCAAAGAUUGUAUGCAAUGUCAAAGAAGUAGAAUUUGCUAGGGCUGUCAAACUGAACAAAACGUUCAUAGAACUCCUCUCAUUCCAGGUUCCGCGAGUGAAGGUUUGUUUCAGUUUAAUAAAUUUAUUCUUUUAACAUACUGAUACUGAUAUGGUAUUAUCUGCUUUUUAUGUAAAUAGAUGGAGUACUUCCAAGAUGACCUUUUCCCAGACACAAGGGUAUGGUGGGAGCCUGCAUUGACUAGUGAUCAGUGGUUUACUGGUAAAAAUGGUGCACAGAAGAGGUUGUCACUUAGACCAGCUGACAUGAAGCCAUGUAAGCUUUACGUUAUUUCAAAACCUUGCCUGGACAAAAUGAAUAUUAUGGAACUAAGAGUUAAUGGCUUAAUAGGGUUCCUAUUAAUGCACACGUGUGAUUUUACGCACAAAAAAUCUAAAAGGCCACAUGCUUCUCAUGAGCCCAAGAGUCUCAGGGAUGCACAAGGAUUGGUACUACUCAUGCAUCUUUGCAACCAUUUUGGAAAUCCCCAUGUGUUUUAUCGACCCGCCAUAGUGUCUACUCAGGGAAUAUGUCCACCCAGAAAACACUAUGUAACGUUUUUCAGCCCUCAAGGACGAAGCCAACCCAUACAUUGUCUAUUGGACAGGAAAAAAAAAACUGAUGUAGACCCUUGUGAGAUUUCUGGACCCAAGGAGAGUGUCUUCAAGUCCAAAUGGCUUUAUGAAUUUUCAUGGUUAAUGUAUAUUUCCACCAACAACCAAAUGAAAUUCGUAACACGUCUUGAUGCAUACUGAUGUUCAGCAAAACCAUCCCAAUCAUAUGUACAGGGUGCAACUAAUUUUCAGCGAUCAGCCUUAGAUCACCAUCAAUUAGGAAAUGAAUCCCUUUCACUACCUCUUUAGAAAAUCUCAUCCAUAGUGGUGGUGUGGAUAUAAAACGAAAUGGCUUGAGUGUUUGGUGUUGUUGUCUUAACAGUAAGUGAAGCACCUAAAGCAGCCCCCAUUGCAAGAAAGUAUGACAGCAGACAUGAGCUUGUAGAAGUCAAAACCACUGAACAACAGAAAGAGGAGGUAACGCUUGCCUGCAUGCAACUUAUCAUCUAAAACCAGGGGCUUGUUUGCACUGGAAAAUACUAUUAAUGAUAAAAUAAAUAUUCUAUCAUUAAGGUUGAGAUGUUCUGGGGCUAGGGGAUGGCGCUCUGUUAUAACCUGGUUUCCUUUUUUCGAGGGCAGGGUGAUAACCCUAUGCCAAGAAAGCCUGAGAAAGUAGCGGACACUUUUACAACGCCACAACUGGUUUCCUUGUGAAAUAAUGUCUGAUGAAAGAGUGCAGAAAUUCCAUACUGAUCACAUGUCACUACUUACGAAGUGAAAUGUAAUAGAUACCGGACUAACCCUAAGCCUGUGAACACAGAUUUAUCUCCGGUGGUCUCUUCUCUCCACCCAAAAAGUAAGAGAAAUGACAACUAUAGAUACAUCUGCACUCACAGGCUACACCAACCCUUGCAAGCUUGAACUUUCUUAUUAACGACCAGCAAUUUAUUAUUGUUUUUUUAUUUGGUCUUCAGUGAAUUCUCUGAUUACUUUGCAGCUCUUGAAUUCCAUGGUUGAGAAAUUAAGAAAUUUUGAUGAUGACCCUCUACCACAGGAUCUUCAAGAAGGAGUAGAUGAUGAUGAAUGGGUAUGCAAAAAGUCCUGUUUAAUUUUUAGUUUUCUUUUAAGUUUCAAGACCAGGGGUAUAGAUGGAUGUGAAAUUUUGGUCCCAAUAAAAACAGGAUUUCUCCUAAGGGCAUAGUUACACUAUGCGAUUUUUUUGUUUUUUUGGUGGAGAUGGUAUUAUUACUGACAGUCGAUUGGUGGCAUAUUUGCUCUCACUUAUUUCUGGAUAAACCAUAAAGUAUGCUUCGUUCAGAAACCCAUUCUAUAUAUUGGCAGGAAAGAAAAUUUGUAAAAACUGUAAACCUUAGAGAUUUUGGGAGUAGGUUGUGUUGGAGGCAGGCAACUUUGUCCAGACCGGCUGUCAGGAAAACCCUUUAGGUCCCAAGAGUGACCAACAUCAAUUUUCUCCUAACAACAUCAGCAGAUCAUCAAGUGUAAAGGUUAUGAGAAUUGCUAAAUUGAUUACCAAAGGGAGAAUGCUUUGAUCUUAAACCAAAUUCUCUCAACUAUUCUUAAAAGCAAUGUAUGCAGAUCAGUCUGGAGAAUUUGUAUGUGGAUCUUGGGGCUUAAAUGGUUAAGAUUCAGCAGGGCCUUAAGUAUAUGUGAUACAGUCAAACUUCCCAUAAGCAACCACCCAAAAUGCAAAGAUGUAGUGGUCGCUUACAGGAGGUGGUCUUUUACAAGAAUCAGCCACAGGGGUCUCGUCCAAGAGAAGGUCCAGCACAUCUACUUUUUCACAGAUUAUUUAUUGCAUGCAAUAAAGUUACUUACAUAUGUAGUUGUUUGUACACUCUAAGUGGUGUAGUACACACAGCAAACAAAGAGACCAUACCAUGCACCAAGUGAUCACUUGUUAGAGGUUUAGAAUAAUAAAAAAGUAUAGAACUGUCAGUCCAAAAGUGGUUGUGGUUGCUUAUGAGAUUUGUUCGUUGAUGAGAGCUUUUAUUAAAGGGCUUUGACUGGGAAAAUUUUGGCAUUUCGCAUAGAAGGGUGCUGAUGGGAGGUAAAGGUAAAGCCACCAUAUUUUACGUUGAUAACUUGUGACAGUAAUAACUGAUAAGCUUGUUGAGGUUGACGGUGCGCUCAUUUUAUUCCCCUCUCUCCAUCAACGCUCUGUUUUAAGGGAAUUUAAAGCUAGGUAAAACUACACAGUAAGGAGAGAAGUUGAAACAAGGAUAGGAUGUCACUGGGGAUUGACCUUGGGACCUACUGCACUGAAGGCCGCGCAAUAACCAACUAUGCCACCCUUGCUGCUGGGAGGUGGUUGUUUAUGGGAGGUGGUCUGUGGCACAUGGAGGUUUGAUUGUAUCUUAUUUUUCUGCAAUUUUUGUUUCAGGAUGACUGAAGGAAAACAGCAUUGGAUAUUUUCAAACCCUCAACAAUGUCCCACGUCAUUCAUGCAUAAAUUGUAA